AUGGAUAAUGAAAUUGAAGUUCCACCAUAUUUUCUCUGCCCCAUUACCCUUGAAAUCAUGAAAGACCCUGUAACAGUCUCAACUGGCAUAACAUAUGAUCGAGAAAGCAUAGAAAAAUGGUUGUUUUCCCAGAAAAACGAUACCUGCCCAGUAACAAAACAAAUUCUUGUAGAUUCAGAAUUGACUCCGAAUGUCACUCUCCGGCGAGUGAUUCAAUCGUGGUGCACCCUCCACUCGUCGGACGGCAUUGAGAGGUUCCCUACACCGAAGCCUCCUGUUGGAAAACCACAGAUAGUGAAGCUUCUGAAUGAAGCCAAAAGUCCACAUAAGCAAACGAAGUGCCUUCAAAGAUUGAGAUCCAUUGCUUCCCAGAGUGAAACGAAUCGAAGAUGCAUGGAAUCAGUUGGUGUAGCCGAGUUUUUAGCGUCGUUAAUUGUGGAAAGAAUCGGGGAAUCAUCAUUACGAGAAGUAGAAGACAGUGUGUUUGAUGACACGACUACAAGAAAAAAUGAUGAAGCCUUGAGCAUUCUCCAUCAUUUACAAUUAUCCGAAGCUGGCGUUAAAUCCCUUAUGCGCUACAGAAAUGGCGAAUUCGUCAAAUCCUUAACACGGAUAAUGCUACGUGGGAGCUACGAAUCUCGAGCUUACGUUGUUAUGUUAUUGAAAUCCAUGUUCGAAGUAGCUGAUGACACGAUGCAGCUGAUCAGUGUAAGAUACGAAGUCUUCACCGGCCUCGUUCAAAUCCUGCACGAUCAAAUAUCGCAAAAGGCCUCAAAGGCCGCACUCAAAGUGCUAAUCGAUGUCUGUCCAUGGGGAAGAAAUAGGAUCAAAGCUGUAGAAGCCGGUGCAGUCCCUCUACUAAUCGAUCUUCUUCUCAAUCUCAACUCAUCGGACAAAAGGGAUUGCGAGAUGAUCUUAAUGGUUCUUGAUUACCUAUGCCAAUGUGCCGAGGGAAGAGCUGAAUUUUUGAAACACUGCGCAGGAUUAGCCAUUGUAUCCAAGAAAAUUCUUCGUAUUUCACAAGCUGCAAGCGAAAGGGCAGUCCGAAUUCUCUAUUCGAUCUCCAAAUUCUCGGCCACUCCCGGUGUUCUCCAAGAAAUGCUGCAACUUGGCGUUGUAACAAAAUUGUCUCUGGUGCUGCAAGUUGAUUGUGGAAGAAAAACAAGGGAGAGAGCAAAAGAAAUUCUUAAAAUGCACGCUAAGGCAUGGAAGAAUUCUUCAUGUGUACCAAAUCACUUGCUUAUUUCAUAUCCGUCUUGA